AAAAAAAUUCGUGUUUUUAAACCUUACGUAUACCCUUGAAAAUGGCGUCAAAAACAAUAAGUGAGUGGAUUAACUUAAGAAAAGAAAAUGAAGACAUAAAUUAUUUUGAAUAUGAUGAAUUCAUUAAUGUGGAAAAAAUUGGCAAAGGAGGGUUUGGAAUUGUAAGUAAAGCUUAUUGGAAAAGUGGUAGGAUUACUUUGGCAUUAAAAACACUUUUUAACGAGUCCAUCGAUGAAAAAAAUGCGAAGAAGUUUCUUAAAGAAUUAAAAAAUUUAAGAAUAGUUGGUUUUCAUCCAAAUAUAAAUCAAUUUUGUGGCAUUACGAAAGAUAUAUCUUUAAAUAAAUACGUAAUGGUAUUACAAUAUGCUACUCAGGGAAAUUUAAGAGAUUAUUUAAAAAAGAAUUUUUCUUCGCUUGAAUGGAACGAUAAAAUUCGGAUGGCUUUGGAUAUUGCUCGUGGAUUGACGUGUUUACAUAACAGAGAAAUAAUUCAUAGAGAUUUGCACUCGAUGAACAUAUUAGUUCAUGAUAAUAGAUUGAUGAUUGCAGACUUCGGAUUGUCUAAACAGUUAACAAUUGAACCAACCGUUGAUUCCACAUCACAUUCAACAAUUUAUGGAAUACAUGCAUAUAUUGAACCAAAAUGCUUACUAGAUAAAAAUUAUAAAAAAGAUAAGAGAUCUGAUAUUUACAGUUUAGGUGUUCUUUUAUGGGAGAUAACGAGCGGACAUCCACCUUUUCCAAAUACUCCAUAUAAUGAACGAAUUCCUUUAUAUCUUCAAGUUUGUAGUGAAGAGUUAAGAGAAGUUCCGAUAGAUAAUACUCCUUCAGAUUAUAUAGAACUUUAUGUGAAAUGUUGGAACGGUGAACCAAAAUUAAGACCAACUAUUGAUAGCGUUUAUGAUACAUUGGAAAAGAUAUCCUUAGGAGACGCUGAGCUUAGAGAAUGUAAACUAAAUCCGAAUUUAUUAAAUCCGUCACAUUUACCACUACAUCCAAAAUCGCAAUCGCAAUCACAAUCACAACUACAACCACAACCAUCUCAACUUCCACAAUCAAAAAAUGGCGAUUUGGUUAUAUCCAAAAUUGAAAAUCAAUUAAAAAACGACAAUGAAGGAGAUGAAAAUCAGAUUUAUACGCUAAAUCAAACUGGAACGCAAAUUGGUACGCCAACGUCAUCUAGUAAUAAUCAAAUCGACAAUCAAUUUUAUACACCGCCAUCAUCCGUUUCAUCUGCUAAUGGUAAAACUGGAACGGAAUCAAUGUCUUCUAUUUCACCUGUUUCACCUACCAUCAGUAAAACUGGAACAGAAUCACCCGUUUCACCUACCAUUAGUAAAACUGGAACGGAAUCACCUAUUUCACCUACCAUUAGUAAAACUGGAACGGAAUCACCUAUUUCACCUACCAUUAGUAAAACUGGGGCGGAAUCACCUGUUUCACCUAUCGUUAGCCAAACCGAAACUAAAAUUGAAACUAACAUUAAUGAUGAUCCAAGUAAUAUUUUAAAUGAAAUUAUUAAAGCUUAUUUAAGAAGAAAUGUCAUUGGGUGGACAAAAAGUUUUGCCUUUGAACAAGUUUUGAUUAAGUAUGUGUCAAAAUCUCAGGAAAUUUUUAAUUAUCUUAAUAGUAACACAACUCUAGAGCAUUAUGAAGUGAUAGUUGGAAUAUUUUAUCAUAAAGGAUUUGGAAUAGAUGAAAACGACAGUACAGCUUUUGAAUGGCAUAUGAAAGCAAGCAAAAAAAAUGAUAUAAAUGGUCAUUAUGAAGUCGGAAAAUGCUACAGUGUAGGGUGUGGUGUUAAGAAAAAUGAUGAUAAAGCAUUUGAAUAUUUUCAACGUGCCGCUGAUGGUGAAUUAAAUAUAGCUUUAUAUCAUCUCGCAGCUUGUUAUAAACAUGGUGAUGGUAUACAAAAGGAUAAUUUUAAAGUAUUUGAAUUAUAUAAAAAAUCUGCCGAGAAGGGAUUUGUACCAUCUCAACAACAUUUGGCUAGUUUUUAUAAAGAUGGCGUAGAAGGUACUCAACAAAAUAUUAAGGAAGCACUGAAAUGGUAUAAAAAAUAUGAUGAAAAUGGUGGGACUUAUAAUGUAAAAAAUGAUAUUAAAAAUUUGAAAAAUUCGAAUAAAAAAUCAUCGAAGAAGUGAUAAGUUAUCGCGUAGAAUUACCCGUUCCACAAACAUUUUUCGUUUCCAAUAUAUGGCGGAAAAUUCUGCAAAUUUUAUUCUUCAAAUAUUGCGCGACUAUUUAUCAAGUUUAUCCUACAAGGUUAAGCUGGGGUAUUAUUCAUAUCCGUUAAACCAUAAGUUCAUCCAUGUACUUUUUUUUUCAUAUUUUUUUUUCUUUUUUUUUUUCCGGCUUUUCA